GUGGCUGGCUCGAAGGCGUUUGUUUGAAGGUUAACGCUAACCCGUUGUUAUAUGGUAACUCAUGUCUCCAAUAAUUUGAAGCCGUACAUUGCCAACUGCUAAUUUCAGUUAUAAUAUUGCCUGAAUCUCACUCUUGCGUUAUUUAGAGUUUUCAUCAUUUGUUAUCAUCACUAGAUGUUCACUUAGUAUUUUUACCCUUGUAAGAGGGUACAAAUCCAUGAAGUCACUGACUAGUGGACUGAGCCAUGUUGGUAGGUGUAGACUACCUGGUUGCGAUCCACUAGACAAUAGCAACCGAUGGUUAUAGACCUUGAAUGGCAUGGCUCAAAAUCGUUUGCAAUGGCGCAGAUUCAUCUGUUCUGUAAUUAUGUGGUAUCACGUUUAUAAGCUGCACUAAAUGAAGGGUGUAACUAUUCCAGAUAGAAAUGGCGAUAUCCAAUAUUGUUUCAGAAGUUGGAGUUUUUCUUCUUAGAAUUUAUGUUCUUGUCGUUUGGAAUAUAAUAAUAUUAUAUCAAAUCCUGCGUAGAAAAAGAGACUCUUGGAUUCGCAUAAAUGACCUGCGUGUAGUUCAUGAGAAUCAAGGCUUCUUAGUUAUAAAUAAGCAUCCUGAGUUACUUAUAAACUGCACAACCCCAUGGAUUAACUGUCUAACUCUACAAAUGCAGUUGUUCUACAACCGUCCACACUAUGUUAACUGGAAACUAAAAAAUAUGUUUCAUUUUGUUCAUCGACUCGAUUGUCCAACAAGCGGUUUAAUAUGCAUCGCUUAUGAUACAAAAGUUGCAAGUAUGAUCAGGCGUGCAUUUGAGAAAAGAGAAGUCAAGAAGUAUUAUUUAGCUAUAGUUUGGGGUUAUGUUGGGUCAUUUUGUGACUCAGAUUUAUCAUCAUCAUUCGUCAAACAUGAAUCAAAGCUUGUAUAUCAUAUCCAAAUGCCAAUUGGUUCAUUUCGAUAUAUUUGGCCAAACACUGGACGCAAACAAAAGAUAAUUGUUCCUAUUACACAUCCAGAAUGUCAUAGACCACGUGAAUCUUUAACAACAGUUAUUGUUUUGGACUAUGGCAAAUUAAUGGGUGAACCAGCCACACAUGUACUUCUUAUUCCUAAAACUGGUCGUCGUCAUCAAUUACGUGUACAUUGCGCAGUUGGUCUCGGUCAUCCAAUCGCUGGUGAUAUCACCUACGUUCGUCGUCCAUUCGAUCAUCCUAAUAUCGUUUACCUGAAUGACGUUUAUACAAUGCAUAAUGUUAACUUGGAUUAUAAAUUAAAACAUAUGAUGUUACAUGCAUAUACUAUGAAAAUAAAUUUACAAGUAAACGGUAAAGAGAAGAAUGAUAAUAUAUGUGCUAACAAGCAUUCGUAUCAAUUACCUGAAGAGAAAGAAUAUCAAUUUCAAACAAAUAAUAAUCCAUUUUUCAAUCUAAAUGAUGCUUAUCUAUGGCAGAAAGAUGAAGAAAGUGAAAAGAUGAUGAUGACAACGGGGCAAAGGACGACACUCCAUACAUUGGAAGAAUAUAUACUGAACAAUGCUCAUUAGGAAAUUUAUGGUUCUAAAUGAGUUGUAAUGUAUGUGUAAAUGAACCUGUUCGAGUCUAUUAUUUUGCAUACAAAUGGGAUUUUUUCCGAGAAAACGAUCUUAUUCAUUUCAACAUCCAGGAGGAAUAGUUAUAAAGAAAUCUAUUCAAACAAGGUGUAUAAUCUGUUUCAGGAUACUAUCCUAACGAUCAAGAAGCAAAACAAGACCAGUCUGAAAAAUACGCUUCUUCUAAAAAAAAAAUGAAAUAAUUUUUCAGACCACGAUGUAUCUAAGUCCCAAUAAAUCCGCUACAGAGAAACUUUCGAGCAAAGAUGAAGUCACAAUAUUGUAGUAUGAUCCAAAAAAUAGCGCGGGGAUUAAUCAGGCAGGAAUUUUAAGAAAUAUUCAAGAACUAACGUACAGUUAGAUUUGCCGUCGUCCAUCGAACAUGUUCAGGAACUCAAUCAGAAUUUUACAGACACUAUUAAUUUUAUCGCUUAAUGAGUAUCCAAUACGUGUAUACCCCGAAGCAAAUCGAUCGGUAGGAGAACUCCGAAUCUUUUGGACACGUUUCUAAGACCUUGUGCUUAAAAGCAAGAAAUGUACCAAGCAGUGAUCCCCUGGGAUCUAGUUAACACAUCACACUGAACUCCUAAGGUAUGUAGAAAACAAGCACUAAUCCGAAAUUCUGAGUUCAAAAGCAGACGGUUGCUAAUCUUCCUUUGCUCAGUUGACAAAACCCCUUUUUGAACACAUUGCUGUUCCCUGAAUCUAUGGUUUUUAAACAAGCCGAAAUUAGUUCUAAUUACCACUACCCAGCGUUGACUUCAUCUAAUAACCACUGUAAAUUCAAACCAUAUAGAGCUCUGUUAAUACCUUGUUCUUUUUGUGACAAACGAAGCCUUCUGUUGCAUUUGUUACUUAAGUGUCGCAUUUUAAUAAGAUUUCUUUAAACUUUGUUUUCAGAAUUUUUGUUCGCACAAAAUCCUUGACUACGUUUGAUUCUAUAAGUAUGGUAGACCCCAAUUAUUAUUUCGAUUCUGAAAUAUUGCAGAUUUUAAGCACCUAAUGAUAAUCUAAUUAAAUUGUUCAAAUAUCUUAUCAAGAUAAUAAGACUACCUACAUGAAAUAUAAUCUAGUCUUGGGUAACUGAACACUAACUUUUCAAUCUAUGUUGCAGAGAUAUACAGUGUAGAUUUACUCGCUGUACCUAAAAUACACAAAGCCGUCAUCCUUUGUAGCCAUUAUAAAGGUUGAUCAUACGGUUGUCAGUCAGAGUGUGUGGGUCUAUAGUCUGCACACUUCUUUGAAACCAUCAAACUACAAUUUAAAAGCUUCAUUAAACAAGGUUUCAAGUAGCAAAGUUGCAUACCAGCUAAACGAU